AUGCUGGGAAUUCUCAGAGAACAUAAACUGUAUGGGAAGCUGACGAAGUGUGACUUUUGGCUGGAUGAGGUACAAUUUUUGGGCCAUGUCAUCUCAGCUCAAGGUUAUUAUAGACAAUUUGUGGAGGGGUUCUCCAAGAUGGUGAGUCCCUUGACUCAACUCACUAGAAAGGACCAGCCUUUCUCUUGCACUGACGAGUGUGAGAAUUGUUUUGAGGAUAUGAAGAAGAGAUUGACCACUGCGCCAAUACUGGCUAUUCCUGACACCACCAAGACGUUUGAGGUGUACUGUGAUGCUUCCUACCAAGGUCUAGGUUGUGUGUUGAUGCAGGAGAAAUGA